UUUUGUGUGGGUGUGUUCGCGUGCACAUGCAUGAGAAGGAAAGGGAGAGAGGAGAGAGAAAAACACCUAUAUGAAACUGCAUGUAGAGAUCUGACAACUUGAUUGAAUCAGUUCUUUCUAUCACUAGGAUCUCAGGGAUCAAAUGCUGACCCUUAAGCUUGGCAAAAGCCCUUUUAGCUGCUGAGCCAUCCAGCAGGUCCCCAAUGCCUGACUUUAGGUAAACAAUUUGAACUUACAAAGAGCUUUUGUGUGUGGCUUCCAGUGAUGAGAGAAGAUCAAAGCCUGUGAUUUUCCUAGAGACCUUUUCCUAGUUUGCCUGGCCAGCUCACCGUCUUGGCAAACUCUUGGGAAGGUCAUUCUCCCUCUGCUUGGGGUAAGGGCAAAGGUUUAGAAUCUGGGAUUUUACUGCAGGAUUGCAGUCAACACACAGCCCUAUGCUUCCUCUUCUGGGCCUCUUCUCCCUUUCCUGUUGUUAGCCAUUACAUUCCUUGAUGUCACUGCUGCCAUUGUGAGCUGACAGGCCCUCCCUGCUCUGGUAGACAUGGUCAACCAUAAGCCAGCAGAGCAGGGAACUGGAGCUGGGGAGGUGGGGGGGAGCAGUGGUCCCACCAACACCUUGGAGUUGGGCUGGGUCUGUGUGGAGCCCCAGAGAUGUUCCCCAGCCCAUUCUUUUUAAAAACCAAUGAGUAAAAUUAGGGGCCUCCCUUCUGCCGUCAGGGACCCGGGCCCUGGAGUGGAACUGGGAGUAGAAGAUGGCCUUCUUUGUCAACUAAUUCAUUCUCCAGAAUUCAACUUGUUCUCUGACUCGGUGGUGUUUGAGAGCACCUUUAUCCAGACCCAUGUGUCUGGGGUUGGUUUCCAGGUCACUAAGCAAGGAAACUGGAUGGAUGCCUAUGAAAGAUCUGCCACUAUGAUCCUUGGGGUAACCUCUUCAGUGCCCUCCUUGCCACUCCCCAAUGUCCUCCUCAUGGCCAACGUCACCUGGCCUCAUGGUCCAUUUUCCACCAGUAGCACACCUGGUGCCCCUGUCAUCACUCUUAGCAGGAUCCUGCCCCUGAAGUAUGUGGAGCUGCAAAUCUAUGACCGGGCCCAACGCAUCCUUCGGGUUAGGACGGUGACUGAGAAGAUCUACUACCUGAGGCUCCACGAGAAACAUCCACAGGCUGUGUUUCAGUUCUGGAUCCGCCUGGUGAAAAUUUUGCAGAAAGGUCUGUCUAUCACCACCAAAGACCCGAGGAUCCAGUUCACACACUGCCUGGUGCCCAAGAUACCCAACUCCUCCACUGAAAUAACACCUGAAAGCAGCCUGCCGUCAUCCUCCCAGGCCAGCGAGACCAUAAUGCUGCUGGCAGCUGAGCGGGCCAGUGACAGUCUCUUAGGAUUCUCAAAAAGACACCAGCUCACAGGAGACGGACACACUGAUACUACCCCAGUAAAAGACAAAUCCAACAGCUGCAAGACACCCCCACUGAUGGCAUCGUCAACUAAUAUGCCCAUGAGAGCUACUUUGACCCACAGCCUCUGGGAACAAGAGGACCCAAAUGAGAACUUCCUCCAGGUUCCUGUAGCAAGCUCCCUAGGAGAGAACCUUUUGGGACCCUAACACCUAGCCAGUAUGGGUGUCAGCCCUGUCUCCUAUUUGCUCUGCCUCAUAUAAUGCUGCUUCCCACGGUGGGCCAAGUAACCAUGGGAGAGAAGAGAUGGUGCUUAUGCCAAGAUGCUCCUCUACUUCCACCAAUAAACCUCCAACGGAGUGCUUGUUGUUGCAGGUUGUGUUUGGGGGAGGAGGGAAGAGGGCCUCUGGACAGCUGGCUAAGGGCUGGCUGGAAAUCGCCACUCACUCCUCAGAAAAACAAACCUGAAGGAAGAUAUCGCCUGCCCAGUUGAAAAUCCAAGCGUCUAAGCCAAGCCGAGACAUCCAGUGCAAAGGAGAAGGCCUCCAGAGAGAGCUCUCACUUCCUUUGUCAAAGAGACGGUGGGAGGCAGAGACAGGACUUUGGUAUACAGAAAUCCUGAGCAUGAUGACAACCGGCUAGGAGAUAGCCUCAUGCAUUUCAAGUAAGAAUUCCAGGGGGUUCAUCUCUCAACUCCCUGUGUUAGGGUAAAAGCCCAACAGCAUGCCCUUGGCCAUGAACAAGUGGGUUACUAUUGGAAACAUGGCUUCUGGUAAGAGAGGUGGUGACUCCCUAUCAAAGAAGUUCUGACUGCCUCAACUGCUCCCUCCUAGUGAAAGAAAUCUGGGAGACCUUGUAUCUUGCAGGUUUCUGAGCAAAUAUCCCUAAUUGUGUAGGAGAUCAUCAAAGCUGAUCCCACCUCCUGGACAAUUAGAACUAUUUACCGGGAAUAUACCACCAUAAUUUUCAGUAAGUUUUGUGAGAUAUUUUGAUCACACUGUAACAUUCCAGACAUCAAUAAAGUUUACCUUGAAUCAA